AUGGACAUCAACUGCAAUGUGACAACACUGGAGGCCCAGACACAGAUUAACUCCACCAUCUUCGACCUGGUUAAGACGGUCAGCAUGUGUGUGAGCUGCACCUUGAACACCAUCCUCAGUGUUCCUUUACUUCUGGUCAUCACGCGAAGCCCGUCUCUCCUCCGACAAACUCGCUUCCUGCUCCUCACACACCUCCUCUUUUGUGACAACCUCGAGCAGCUCAUCAGCACAGUCAAAGCAGUUCUCUUAAGGUCCAGAGAAGGCAUACCUGUGGCCCAGUGUCUGAUCUUCUGUGCUGCCAUCCAGGCCUGCCUGAUGGUGGACCUCUUUCUGAGCACCGCUAUGGCUGUGGACCGUUUCGUAGCUGUCAAGUUUCCCCUGCGCUAUGAAUUCUUGAUAUGUCCUCAAAGGAAGAGAGCAGCUAUUGCAGCCAUAUGGACAUUAUCAGUUGUGGUCAUCAGUGUGUCUCUGUGCAUCGACCUCAACACCAUCCAGGUCAAUUUUUCCCUUCCCCGUUGUCGACCUCUCAUCAUGACACCCUGCCUGUCUAGGACGUCCGCAGUGGUACUUUACUGCACCGUGGGAGCAGCUCUGCUGACGCCUCUCUGCUUCCUGACCAUACUGGGAUGCUUCUGCCUGCUUUGCUGGGACAUGCGGGCAGGCCUGCUCUGCACCAAGAGAGCUGGCGUGACGCUGACCCUGCAGGUAGUUCAGACCAUUCUUUUUUCCGUUCCUGUAGUCACAGACAGCUACUUGAUCCCUGGCUACCUGCACAGCGAUGCUCUUGAUAUAGCAACCACAAUCACCUACAACCUGGGGGUGUCACUCGUCCCCCUGGUCUAUGGCUACCGCUCACGGGAGCUGCAGCACAGGAUACGCCAAGCUGCACACAGGAACAAAGAGAACAACCAAAGUUAGUCAUUAAGUGUGACAAACAUUCGCUUGAGCCGGUCUUAUUUAAUCAACUGCAAAAACAGCUGCGCAGCCUGAAUGACAGGAGCUGUUUCCACCUGUUCCCCAGAGCAGACUUCCCACAUUUAUUACAUCACGCUUUGAAUUUACUUGAUUGUUCGAAACUCUUUGAGGAUUGGUUGGACAACUGAAUCAAUAUGCUGCGGUAAGGCGAGAGCAUCAUCCUGUAUUCCAUUUGCUUUUCAGAGGAAAACGAUAUGUGUUUUGUUAGCAGCGGUCGAAUCAAAUCAAGCGUUUAUAGUGAGAAAAGAAAUCAGAGAUAAAAAAAAGCAUAG